GCUCCUCUGAUUGUUGCACACUAACCACUUUGAUACCCUUUUUACUCUCUCUCUCUCUCUCUGAGAUUUUGAGAGAGUCUCCUCUUUUAUCUCUCUCUCUUUCGGUCCUCAUGAUCCGAUUUUAUUUAUUUUUGUAAAUUUUAUGUGAUAGUUACAUAUACACGUUAUAUGUGUGUGUGUAUGUGUGUACCUAUCUUAUAUUGAUGGAGACAAUAACCAUUAGAAUCUGACUAAUGGAUCUCAUUUCUUCUUGAGAGAUAUUUCUCUGGUCUCUUUUCAUUCCCCUGUCUCCCAGAUCUGUUCGUACCAUUCCCAAGCUUCAAGCUUCUUCUUCUUUUUUUUCUUCACGGUUAGUUAGUUAGAGGAGAGACGCCAUGUAUUUCUUCGGUUUGUCCAAAGAAGAAGUGUUGUCGUCACAGAAACAUGUUGUAUCAUAUAAAGAGACUUCUAAGCAGAAUCCAAUCGGUACUACUACAGUCACUCUGUUUGGGAGACAGGUGUAUCCAGUGAAAAGAGAGAGCUCCAGUCUCAGCAAUGGAUGUAUGAGGAUACAAGAAGAUAUCGAUCUUCGGUUUCCUGCAGAUCACUACGCUUGUAAUGAGGAGAAAGAAGAAGCAUUAGCCACAAGCUGGAGUGGGAAGAGAAACCCAAAAAUUGUUAUUGAUCUUGAACAGCUUCCAACAGCAGAGGAUGAAGAUUCCGUUAGCUAUACUGCUACUGUGAGAAGAAGUCCUGAAACAGAACCAUCACUCUUGCCUCAUCAGUCUCUUUCAGUGGAUGAUGGUGUGGAGUCAGGUUUACUGGAUCUUAAUAGAUUCCCUGCUGAUGACGAUGAGUUGGUCUCAGAGCCUCCUCGUUACUGUUUCUUGCAAGAUCUGAACUGUGUUUACAUCGAAGAGACAGAAACUAGCUGCGAGAAGAGCGGUGUAGACGAUGGUCCCACGCCUCUUUGCUCUCCUAAAAACGUCAAUGAGAAAGACGGUACCGCGUCUCCAGCUUCAGAUACUUCUUGCUGCACCACUGAGAACAACUUGAGAAGAGGAGGAGGCUCCUCCUCUCCUCGAGCACCAGAUCCUUCUUGCCGUACACGGCUUGAGUUUCCUGUCUUACCAGAGGAGGAGGAAAUGGCAGCUGAAUCAUUAGUCCACAUAUCAUCAUCAGCGGUUUCAUGUCGAAACCAAGACUUGGAAUCAAAGCCUGCGUCGAGAACCAACAGCUUGGAAUGUUGUUGGUCGUGCGAUUCAUACGAGCUGCACACGUUAGGUAUAAGCGAAACCAACACGGAGGAAGACUUGUGCGUGUCUUCAAUGGCGCGGGAUGAGCUCGACAACAUCACAAGAGAUAGCAGCAGGAAAGAGACGGGGCUCAAGCUGAGAAGAGGGAGGAGAAUGAAGCACUUUCUGAGGGAGAUACUCCCAAACUUAACGUCGCUCUCUAGGCACGAGAUCCGCGAAGACAUUAACAUCUUGGAAACGGUUUUGAGAUCAAGAGAGUACAAGAAGAUGCAAGGGAAAACGAAAGAUGUCGUCAAACUUGGAGCGAACCAGAAAAACAAACGUUCAGUGUCACAGAGGUACGCUGGUAAUAAAAGAAGGCGAAAACAUGAUGAAUGAGAGUUUAAUGAUGUCUCUUCAUGCCUUUUCAGAUUUGCUUCAUUGUGUAAUCUUUUUAACAGUCUUUAUGUUGUUCAAUUCUUUUUUUUUUUUCUUAUUUAACUUGUGACAUUGAUUAUUGAUAAGAGGAGAAAGCUAGUGAGGUGAUGAUGACAUUAUGUUCCUCAUCCUCUCUCUCUCUCUCUCAAAAUGUUUACUUAAAUUGUUUGUUAGGGAGAAACUGAAAUGUGUUCUUGUA